GACGCGCAAGAACACGUGUUUGAUCACGUGAGGGUGCGCACCCACGUGACGACGGGCAGUUGAAUAUCGUUAGAAUUUUGUUUUCUCUCUCGCUGACGGGGAGAAGAGGGAAGGAGAAAGCGAGUUGAAAGCUUCAUUUACUGUCUACUGUACCUGUCUACAGUUUCCCGAGUAUUGCAGCAGUAGAGAUAAGAAGUGGGUAAGAUAGGGAGGGAUGAGUGAGGAGGGAGGGUUCAUUGACGUGGAAAGUGAUGAGGUUCCGGAGUUGGGAGGAGAAGCGACUGCCUCAUCCAACAGCAAUGACCCUAUGUUCCACACUGACAAGAGAGCCCAUCACAAUCUUCUUGAGAGGAGGAGAAGAGAUCACAUAAAGGACUCCUUCCACGGUCCUCAGAGACUGCAUCCCUUCGCUCCAGGGAGAGAAGGUGUCUCGUGCCCACAUUCUGAACCAGGCAACAGAGUACAUUAGACAGAUGCAGAGAGGUGGAUCAAUGAGAGAGACUGAAAUCACUGACUUGAAAAAGAAAAACGAAGUACUCGAGGAACAAGUCCGUGUCAUAGAACAGAACAAGGCCGUGGGAUCUGAACAGAAAAUCGAAGAUGUCCUCGAAUCGGUCGCCAGGCAAGUCCAAGUACGCCAACGGCAACGAGAUACCCAGGGAGACAAGGCCACGCCCAGUACCAGUCGGGCGGAGAAACCGACCAUUGAUUUGAGUGGGCGGGACCUCUCUCGGUCGUUCUCCAUGGCAACCAGAACCACACCCACAACGGUCGGGAGUGGAGCAGACCCAAAGAAAGACACAGGAGCCCAAACGACCCACUCAUCCACCACAUCGAGUGCCCUGAAUCUCCUCCAUCUCGCCGGCAACCUCAAAAACGCACAGGCACUCCUCACAGCUCUCCAGAAAAACCUGCCUCAGAACGCGACGCUCGCCAACGUCAAGUCGAUAGCCUCCAAGGUCUUAUCUACCCAUCCUACCAAUAGACCAGCCAGCCAGGCAAACGGUGCCAUCCCAAGAGGGAUUGUCACGGCAACCACAGUACCAAAGGGCAGUGCUCUCCCUCCAAGUCUGGCGUCGGCUCUUCAGCAGAAGACACCAGGAACGACAACGACGACACCAGUUUUGGUAGGAGGGAAGAUUAGUCAACUAGCAAACCACCUCACAUCCCAAUUGAAGCCCACCACCUCAUCCUCUUCCCUCUCGACAAGCAGGCCUGCUUCUUUUACCCCCGACAUGAGGCAAGACGGCGACGACGCCACUUCUAAUAAGAGCACAGCAGCCCAGGUCCUCGAGGCGAGUACGUUGCUACAGCAACAGGGAGGCGGAGAACUGGGCGGAGUUUCGGGGGUAAUCCCCUCAAUUACAGCAGAGCUGAUUGCCCAGUGUUUUCUAAACCUCCCAAACUCCAUCAACAAUUCGUCGUCGUCUCUGGGUUCAGAGCCCGGCAUCGACGACGACGAGAGCCAAGCCGACGGAGACGAUGUGGAAUCUGUUGCCAUGGCGAAUGAUGCGGCUGUAUCAGCAGCCAACAUCCUUGCAGCUCUUGGAGAAACUCUCUCUGAAGGUGAAUCCCCAGCAACCAUCUCCCUGAUUCCCCUUUGUCAGCUUUGAACACUUCCCCUCCUCCCUCCUCCUCGUCCUCCAUUACUCCCUCGUUGCCCCCGGCGACGACCUCGUUGGCCACACCCACCACUAACGACAUCGUCAGCGAAGGGGACCAGGUCUCGACGACGACAGUAGUGAAACCACGCACGAAACACCACCGGUUACUAAGAAACAGAGGCUGGACGAGCAACUAUGAUAACGAAAGUUAAAAACGAAACUCCAGAAGCCGUGACCUCUGACCUUUCCAUUUCCGUUGUGUCUCGGUGCAUGUGUGUUUGGGCGCAUGCGUGUAUGAGUUAUGUGCUCCUGUACAGAUUAUUAUUGGAUAGCAUCUCAUUACAUAACCAACUGAAAGUGAAAAUACGUCUCAAAAUUACCACACGUUAUGUAAUGAUUACGUAGGUUCCAUUUCACAGUGAUAAUAUAAUAUUAAAACACAUCUCACCAAAUGUACAGGGGGGGAAUCUCAGUAAUUUAUUGGGAUGCUAAGUUCCCUUCCUUUCCGCCUACGACGAAUGAUUCUCUUCACAAUGCAGUAGCAUACGCAGAUACAAGCCACCAAAAUCACCCCCAGGAGCAUAAAUGACAACGCAGCUAUUGCCGGGACAACAUAAACCAAGUUUCUGUGGUGUUUUGUAACCCUCAUUUUACCAAAAGCUCCCCUACCGUCAAAUGUUGCCACAAUUACAUAAUUCGUUGCACUUGUAAGCCCAUUGUUGUCAAAUAUCUGCUUGGAAAUGCCUUGCGAUUCUGUCUGACUGAAGUGAGCAGCUACAUUUGUUCCAAAGUCACUUUCAUUCAGGUAUUUCAUCUCAACGUCGACUUGGUAAGAGUGGAUAAGGGCAUUCAUUGAAAACUGAUUGUAAGUCGUUACAAAGUAAUAGCUGUCUUUGGGAGCAGUAAACCGUGUCUUAAAUGCCUUGCCUGUUUCGUGUGGUCGGACAGUUACAGGAUAUUGCAGUGAGCAGUCACCUCCAUUGAAGUCGACGUAGUUGUCACAUAUUGUGAGGUUAACAAAGCCAGGAUUUGUUGUGCUGGUGGAGUUGACAAUCAGCGAG